CUGCAAUCUCAUUGGUGCGUUGUGGCCGGCUGCCGGUCAAUGAGGGCCUGUCCCCAGCCUACCGCCCCUUGGCCGCUGAACCGCCCUCUGCUCUGCCCAAAUCUAGAUUAAUUCAGUCCAGUCAGGGAGGCGGAGGGGACGGAAUCUGGCGAGGGCCGCUUAGAAGCCCGGCCCUCGUCCUCUUAGUGUCCCGCCGGGGGUGCGAGCGACUCGGGCUCCGCGCGCUGCUGCAGGCCGCCGCGCUGACAGAGCCAAGCGGAGCCGUUACUCAGCACGUCCCCGGCGUUCGAACGGCGGCGGUUGGGGGGAGGCCUGACGGGGCCGCAGCCCCCAGAGGGAGCCGGACGCGGCCACGCUUCGGGACCAGCGUGAGACGGAGGCAGAAGGAAGGAUGGGAACCCAGAGAGAGACAAAGGAUUCUCGCCUUGUGCCAAAGAUAUAAAAGAGGGUGGAACAGAACAAUGGGGUGGCCAGUCAUGAGGAAUCCCCUAGUUACCACCUACGCUGGAACUGACAAGGACUGACCAGGGAAAAGGAUUGGGCCCAUACUAGGAAGGAGUCUAGUCUGUGAAAGAAGCUUAUAGGAACAUCUCUAAGGGUGGAACUCUGGGCUUACAGUUUACUUGUAACUUCUGAAUAGAAGAUGAAUAAUCUUUCCUUUAGUGAACUUUGUUGCCUGUUCUGUUGUCCACCAUGCCCAGGGAAAAUUGCUUCCAAACUGGCAUUUUUACCUCCAGAUCCUACUUACACACUGAUGUGUGAUGAGAGUGGUAGUCGCUGGACUCUACAUCUUUCAGAACGAGCAGACUGGCAGUACUCCUCUAGAGAAAAAGAUGCCAUUGAGUGUUUCAUGACUAGAACCAGCAAAGGUAACAGGAUUGCCUGUAUGUUUGUGCGUUGCUCGCCUAACGCCAAAUAUACUUUGCUCUUCUCACAUGGAAAUGCUGUUGACCUAGGUCAGAUGAGCAGUUUUUACAUAGGACUGGGUUCACGGAUUAACUGCAACAUAUUCUCAUAUGAUUAUUCUGGAUAUGGCGCAAGUUCUGGGAAACCAACAGAGAAGAACCUGUAUGCUGACAUUGAUGCUGCUUGGGUGGCUCUUAGGACAAGGUACGGAAUCCGCCCUGAAAAUGUGAUUAUAUAUGGCCAAAGUAUAGGAACGGUACCCUCUGUGGAUCUUGCUGCUCGGUAUGAGAGUGCUGCUGUAAUUCUUCAUUCUCCUUUGACCUCGGGAAUGCGAGUAGCCUUUCCUGAUACGAAGAAGACCUACUGCUUUGAUGCAUUCCCAAACAUUGACAAAAUUUCUAAAAUAACAUCGCCAGUGUUAAUAAUCCAUGGGACUGAAGAUGAAGUAAUUGACUUUUCGCAUGGCUUAGCAUUAUUUGAGCGUUGCCAGAGACCUGUAGAGCCACUGUGGGUAGAAGGAGCAGGCCAUAAUGAUGUGGAGCUUUAUGGACAGUACCUUGAACGAUUAAAACAGUUUGUAUCACAGGAACUGGUGAAUUUGUAAAGUACUUUAUAUAUUUACAUGCUUUUUCAUUUCACUGCAGAACUGCACACUUUGAUAAAUACUAACAUAAAACCUGAAGGUUUUGUUUUCAAAUCAUGUCAGUUGCCUUCAUAAAUGUACAGGUAAUGAUUUGUGAACAUAAUUAAUGAAGGUUUUAAUACCAGUAUUAUGAACUGGAAUAACAUGAUCAUGCAGUUCAGCUUCUGUAGUUCAUAUACUAUGUGUGAGUUUUCUUUUUAGAUGUACAAAAUAUCACAAGGAGUACUGUAUGAAAUUUUAAUUAUGUAAAAUCAGAUGCUGUAAAAGUGUUGCCAAAUGCUUUAGCAUAUCAGAAACAAAUUUAUAAAUAUUUUUUAAACAUCUCAAAAUGUACUGUGACUUAUUCUGUUGCACAGGUGUACACUAAAAAUCAGACUUCUAAACAGCUGUACUUGUAAAAAUACCAAUAGCCAUGAGAUUUAAGCAAAUAUGUAAUGAAAACAUAGACACUCACUGGAAUUGGCCCAGGCCCUGUUUUAUAGGGAGCGGGUCAAAACAAGUUCUUUUUUUUUUUUUUUUUUUUUUUGUCUACUGUGCAUUAUAUCUUAUGUCUGGUGGUUAAUUUGUUGUUUUUGUUUUGUAACUUGGAAGAUGAGGUUUAAAUCUGCCUACUCAUCUAUUCUUUAGCUAAACAGGUUAUUCUGUAAAAUGAAGUCCUAAAAUACCACUGUUAUAACAAAUUUCAUUCAUAUGCUCACUACUGAGGUGUAACUAAAUAUUUUAGUGGUUUAUUUGAAACCAGUAAGGUAUUUAGAGCUAGGAGCUAGUUUUAAAUGUCAAUUCUAUAGAGAUGCAGUAUAUGGAUAGAAAAAAUCCUGGAAGUUUGUCUAACUUUGUAAUGAACAAAUGCAAGCUUGCAGUUGUCAGUUCAGGUUUACUUUUGGGUGUUUUAUUAGUGUGCAACCUAUUGUUUUUAUUACUGUAUGAGAAUUUUACUAAUCUGCUCCUGAACAGUGAAGAAAGAGAAUGUUGACACUUUUUUGUAUUAACUCAUAGUGAAAUAAAUUUUGUAAGUUGCCUUUCCCUUGAAUGAGUUUUGCUUGAAUAAAAACUAUGAAAAAUAAUGAGAAACUUAAUUAUAUGUAGCCUAAUUUGUAAACAUAGUAAUAUUCCAACAAAAUACACACUGUGCUUCUAAUUUUAAGGCCUUAUGUAGUUUGUUCUGCUUGUUUUUGUGAUUGUCCAAGACUACUGUGUAAUUAAAUGUAUUAUCAAAUAUUGUGACUGAUUUGGUUCAGAUGUGUUAACUAACAGUAAAUAAUAUUACACAA